AUGCCUGUGAGCCCUAUAAUUACACUUAAAAGUACAACAGCUCCAACUUUGGAUGAAGGUGCCACAAGAACAUUGUUGUGUGUUGCCAGUGGUAACCCCGAACCCACUUACAUGUGGUAUAAAGAUAACAUAAAGAUUCAGGAAGAUCGAAACAACUCCCACUACACAAUAACAUCAGCCAGCAGGAAUGAUGCAGGGACAUACAGAUGUGAAGCUGUUGUUAAUGUUCCAACUCUUGGCCAGUACAGUGACUCUUACACUGUUCAGGUUACAGUUAGAUUUCGUCCUGUGCACAAGAAAAACAGUUUGUGCAGUAAUCAAACUGUCUUGGAAGGUCAUACUGCCACAUUUUAUUGUCUCACGGAAGCAUUUCCCACUGCAACCACAAACAAAUGGUUUAAGGAUGGUAAUGAGAUAUCCAAUUCGCAAGAUUUUGAAACUUUGAAAAUUAGCGAUACAGAAAGCAGACUGACAAUCAAGAAUGCUACGAAGGGAAGUGCUGGGCAAUACUCGUGUGAUGGUACAAAUGCAGUAGGAACUGGAGAUAGAAAAUCUGCUUUCUUAUUGGUCAACUUACCUUCUUCAAUUACCCAAAUAACACAAGAUCAGAAUGUAACCGAAGGUGACAAUUUAACUUUGACAUGUAAUGCAUCUGGAAGGCCUCAACCAAAGGUGUCUUGGAUUAAGCCCGGUGGUCAGCGUCAAUAUGGACACAUGUUGGAGUUUACAAACAUUAACAGGAGUCAAGCUGGUGAAUACAAAUGUGAAGCCAGUAACGAGUGCAGUAAUGCAACAGAGACAGCAACUAUUGAUGUGCAGUACAAACCAGAGAAUGUCCAGUUAAUGAGUUCUGCCAUGAAUGACAAAGCAUGUAUGGGAAAAGUCAUCAGUUUUACUUGCUCAGCUGAUGCUAAUCCAAGAGUGACUUCAUACCGGUUGUUUGAGAACCAAAAGGCCAUUUUAAACACAAGUGCCUCGGGGACGUGGAGUAAGACUUUGGAAAGUGAAGGAGUGUUCGUCUACAAAUGUGUGGCUAACAACUCUCUAGGAUCAGAUUACAGCAUGGAUGUUCCUUUCACUGUAAAUGUACCUUCUUCAAUUACCCAAAUAACACAAGAUCAGAAUGUAACCGAAGGUGACAAUUUCACUUUAACAUGUAAUGCAUCUGGAAUGCCUCAACCAAACGUGUCUUGGAUUAAGCCUGGUGGUCAGGAUCAGUAUGGACACAUGUUGGAGUUUACAAACAUUAACAUGAGUCAAGCUGGUGAAUACAAAUGUGAAGCCAGUAACGAGUGUGGUAAUGCAACAGAGACGGCAACUAUUGAUGUGCAGUACAAACCAGAGAAUGUCCAGUUAAUGAGUUCUGCCAUGAAUGACAGAGCAUGUAUGGGAAAAGUCAUCAGUUUUACUUGCUCAGCUGAUGCUAAUCCAAGAGUGACGUCAUACCAGUUGUUUGAGAACGAAAAGGCCAUUUUAAACACAAGUGCCUCGGGGACGUGGAGUAAGACUUUGGGAAGUGAAGGAGUGUUCAUCUACAAAUGUGUGGCUAACAACUCUCUAGGAUCAGAAUACAGCAUGAAUGUUCCUUUCACUGUAAAUG